GUAAAUAAUUCAGUAACCUGUUAGAUGGCAUUGGUAAUAUUCUAUGGAGAAGUUCGACCUGUUCCCUAAGCUUACUCUUAUCUGAUCAGUUAAUGGAUCAUGCUUCGACCCUUCCUAGCCAACUCACAAACAAGGCAGACCACCAUUCAGCCAAUCAGUCAGAUUGUGACGAGGAGUUGUUUCCCCAAAGAUCGAGCACCCCAAAUAUUUCUGGUGCCAUCGAGUCAUUAACAGGAGUAAUCAUCUUUAGGGGGAGACCAUCACCACUCUCAGGAGCCACAAGGACAGUUUCCAGAGGCAUUCCUGACACAUUGCGCUUUUCACCAUCGGAUACAAUUGAGCAUAUUAGAUACCUUCAUAGUCUCUCUCCUCCACAAAUUUCCUAUGUGUUUCAGCAUACUCUUCCGAGGUCUUUAGUAACAGCAUUUGAGUCUACCACUUGGGGUGGAAAUUACCUAUCUCAACUAAGCUUCCCUCCUGCUUCCAUAGAAGGGAUUGAGUCACAGAAUGUGAUUGAUAUCAAUGUUCUGAGACGGCAAUUUGAGGAAACCGUUCUCAAUACGCUUAGACUAGCUGAUAAUUUUUUAAAUGGUUCAACAUCACUAAGAAUUUUACCAGCUAAUGAUGGAGGGAACUUCAGACUCUCCCCAGCGGAGCAGGACAUUCCAUUUUCAAGUCGGUCAUUAUUGUUCUAUGUAACUGAUACUCGUGAUCGUUAUAUAGACAUGAGACUAGAUGUAGAUAAUAUGUCCUAUGAGGAGCUCUUGGCUUUGGGAGAUUAUAUAGGGCAUGUUAGCACGGGUUUGUCUGAAGAAACAAUACUUAAGUCCCUCAAACACAGUAAGUACUUUUUAUUUGCAGAAGAGAACGCUGAGAAGGACUCUUGCAGCAUAUGCCAGGAGGAUUAUGUGGAAUAUGAUGAUUUGGGGACACUGAAUUGUGGACAUCGCUUCCAUACUGAGUGUAUUAAACCAUGGUUAGGAUGCAAAAACCUCUGCCCUCGGAGGGAGUUGUAUUAUCAAGUGGGGAUAGAGAAGCACCCUUAUGAUUAA